GUUUACAAGCAACCCUUAGCCUUCGAAAGUAAUCUGUUAUAAUGAAGUUUGUAAUUUUGUGUGUUGCCAUUUUCGUAUUGGUCUCAGCACGCCCUGAUGUGGAAAUCAUAAAAUCUGAGUCUGAUGUACAACCUGAUUAUUAUACCUUCGACUUGGAGACCAGCGAUGGCACUAGCAGACACGAAGAGGGCGUCGUUAAGGAUGCUGGCACCGAUCAUGCAGCUAUAAGCGUACAAGGGUCCUUCAGCUAUAAAGAUGAAAAGGACGGUACACAAUAUUCCGUUAGCUACAUCGCCGACGAGAACGGUUUCCAACCGACCGGCGAACAUCUCCCACCAUUGCCUGCAAUCCAGCAUUGAACAGAUUUUCCAAGCAAAGCAUAUCAACUUGUAUUUACUACUUUUUCUAUUUCUUUAGCAAUAAUGGAAGUUAAAUAAAUCAGCACUCGG